AUGGCACCCAAAGGUAAUCUAACAGACGAAUGUUCAAUUGCUAUGAUUUAUCUCACUGGACUCGCCGAGCAAAUUAAUGGAAGUUUAUCUAAAAUAUGGCCGAUGAACGGCUCAAUUUACGAAUUCCUGAAACAAUGUGAUUCGUUUUUUCAAUUUCCAACUAUGCCAGUUCAUUCUGCUGAUAUUCGUUUCUUUUACGAAAAGCCUUAUUUAAGACAGAAAAUUAAUGAAUUCCUUCUACCUGGUUAUCCUUGGUACAAUCAACAAUUCUGUGAUUUUAUUAAACGAGGGUUGAACAACUUUUCGAUCGGUGAGGCAAAUGAACCGAGUACGUCAUCAUCAACACCGACAACAACCUCAAAUACAUCAACAUCAGCUACAACAUUAGUAAACCCAUGUGCAUCAGGUGGCUAUCGCUGGAAUACAACAGGCAUAACUAUAUUAAAUUCAACACAAAUAACACACGCUGCUCAUUUAUUUUUCGAUUCAAAUGAUACAUUAUAUGUCGUGGAUGAAUAUGCGAAUUCUGUUAUAUGGAAAUUGCCAAAAAAUGCUGUCAAUCCCAUACUCGUAGCUGGACAAGCGCUUUCAAGAGGUCCCAAUUCUAGUCAGUUGAAUCUUCCUCAAGCUGUUUAUCUUGAUUCAGGACAAAACUUGUAUGUGACCGAUUAUUAUAAUUACAGAGUACAAAAAUAUAUUAAUGGAUCAAACAUUGGAAUGACAAUAAUUGGUAUAAACGGAACGGCAGGUACAGCAUCGAAUAUGCUUGGUGGUCCCCGUCAUCUUUGUUUCGAUUCAACAGAAGCGUAUAUGUAUAUUGCAGACAGUGACAAUAAUAGAAUUUUACGUUUUCAGUCGAAUUCAACAAGUGGUACUAAUGGACACAUCGUAGCUGGAGGAAAUGGAGCUGGAAAUGGAACUACGCAGCUAAACUAUCCAUGGGGAAUACAAUAUCUUUCAUCAGUAAGCAGUUAUUUCUACAUAACAAACUAUAGUGGACAUACAGUAAUGCAAUGGGCGCCAGGCAAUACGUCGGGCAGUUUCAUAGCCGGUACGCCCGGUGUAUCAGGAUCAAAUGCUACACUUUUGAAUAAUCCAAUAGGUAUUAAAAUUGAUACCUAUUUAAAUAUAUUUGUUGUUGACUAUGGAAAUUCACGCGUUCAAUUGUUUUGUAAUAAUAAUCAGACGGGUACUACCAUUAUUGGUACUGGUACCGCUGGUGCCAGUGCGAAACAACUCAAUAAUCCAAGAGGCAUCGCAUUUGACUCAUUGAUGAAUAUGUAUAUUGCCGAUUCUGGCAACCAACGCGUGCAAAAGUAUCUAAAACUCUGA